AUGCAUCGUGAAAACUCUCGUGCUGACGUCGUCAAUAUUGACGAUGUCACGCAAGAUGUACACUUUUUGUCCGAACAGACUUUGCAAGACAUUGCCAAGGGCCAACUCGUCAAACUAGCAUUGACCAGUGAAGAUAGUCCAAAGGUGCAUCGACUCUGGCAAUCUUUGAUGCUAACAGUGUCAACUCCUUCUCUCUCAAACUUGCACUCUGCGGCGGCUUGCAAUGCCGUGUCUGCCUUUCUCGAUGCUGCAGCAACGUCAAAGGUAGACGAUACCAAGACCCUGGCUCUUUCAUCUGAGACCUGGCUAGAAGUUUUCGAAGUGUUUAUGAGUAGGUAUGAAGAUGCAAAACCAAAGCCACUGAAGCAGCUCCUGGGCUCGCUGGUCAACCUAUUGGGAAAGCGGAUUCAUGGUGCCGAGAAGCAAAAAAUUCAAAAAGCAAUCACAGGUUCUGUGAUUCCAAGCAUUGUACUUGGCGACCCGAAAUCUCGAUUGAAGGCUGCUCUAGUCUGCUUUGAAUUAUGUAUCCGCAAAGGGGCUCUCUCUAGUGCCAUAUUCCUGGGCCUGUUGCAAGAGUGGCUCGAGAACAAUCGGCCGAAAUGGGAGCAUGUCUUUGAAAACGCGGAAGAAGCUCUAUCCUCAGCUGCCGUCGAGAAUCUUUCCCUUCAGGUGUCGCAGGAACUAGCUGCAAGGAUAUUUGUGCUAGGUCUCCUGACACAGACCAAUAGCCGUGAGCUAUCUGGCGCAUGCGGAAAUGUAUUGGGUGCGCUACUGCAGAAAAUGAAGGUCGAGGCCCCGAAACAGCCUGUGUCUUCGGUUUGGGUAGCCCCUGUGCGCUACAUGAUGUUGCACAUUGCCGAUAACCUGGAAGCUAUGUCGACUCAAAUUUUGCAGCCGAUUUUCUCUGCCGAUCCCGAUGGCUUCAUGGCAUUUGUGGAAACAUUGCCACUUGACAGCCUUGUCGCAGGCGAUAUGACCGGUGCAGAGGAUAAGGAGUAUAUUCUUUUGUUUGCCGUCUUGCAAAUCGGUAAAAAGACCAAUCUUGUACACGAAGAUUAUGACGGCUCGAAGUCUAGCAACAGCAGAACUGGUGGCCCGCAAACCCUGGUUCUGAGAAGUGACGUUUUAGGCAAAUUUCUGCUCCAUCGAGAGCCAAACAUUCGCAUUGCGGCCUUGUCCCUCCUUGUGACUGCAUUCUCGACCAUUAAACCUUUUACCUCCCUCGCCACAAAUUCAAUUUUGAACGGCCUCCCGUCGAUGCAUGCGGACUCGGACUCUUACAGCAGAGGUGAGAUCAUGAGUCUCACCAGGAAACUCAUCGUUCGCGUCAAGAGCGGCAUUCUCAAGCCUGGGAAUAGCAGCGGACCAUCUGAAUCAACAAACUCGGCUCUACCAGCCGGAUUUGUGAAAAACGAUCAAGAGGUCACUCUGUUCUUGAAGAGAUACCUAAAUUUCCUGAUGAGUGAUCUGGUGGUGACUGCGUCGUACCCUCGUCACAUCAGUGCCCUCAAAGCACUGAGACUUUUGCUGGAAUCCAACCUUGACCCGCGGACUCAUAUUCCCCCAGCAAAGUCUGAAGUUGAAAGUCGAUGGAAGAAUCAUAUGGAAAUCUUUGAGCCUCAGCUCCUUCGACUCCUGGUGGACUUGCUCCUCGAUCCAUUCGAGGAAGUAAGGCAGACCGCGCUUUUGAUCAUCAAUUACUUUCCCCGUGAGGUAUUGGUGAACGGAUUCGAACGUCGAGUAGAUCAAGACUCGGCGUUGUCCAUGCGUUUGACUGAUGCUUUAUCCCGCGCUGAGCUCACCGCUAGUAACACUAGUCGGGCGGACCAUGCGGAUACGGUAGCUCGUUUGUAUCACAUCAUCUUCUGCGCCGCGUCGUCAAGCUACCCGUUGUCAUCCGAUGAAGAUUGGUGGUCAAGCAAGACGUCUGUUGUGAACCAUAUCUUGACCAAACUGGAGGAGCGUCUCUCAUCCUCAAAGGGUCUCUUCAAUGCAACUCUGCGUGAAGCGCCUCUCCAUGGUUUCAUGUCCGGACUCAGGUAUAUCGUCUCAAUGCCCAACUUCUACAGUCUUUUGACGGACGGACCGAACAUUCAGUCAUGGAGGUCUAUACAUGACCGUAUUAUGUUCGUUUGUGACAGAGUCUGGGAAGAGGUGAAACCUGUCCUCUGCAUUGAUUCCCCUGAAGGACACACUGAUGAUCCCAUUGAGGAUCUGACGGUAGGACCGAAGGAUAUUCUUUCCUACUCUUGGAGGGCCCUCCGCGAAUCCAGUCUCUUGCUCCAUGCUACCCUGUUCAACACGACAUAUGGACCACCUGGUAGAGACGGACUUCAGCGCGCAGACUUUGAAAAAAUCGGCCGUGCAAGUUUCACUCAGCUUGCCGAAUUGCGACAUCGCGGAGCCUUCUCAACUGUUUCCCAAACAUUCGCCACUUGCUGCGAGCGGUCUAUGAGCUCAAGUGAUCCAUCCGUUCAAGAGUUGCCAAAGGGCUGGUAUCAAGAUGCCAGGGCGACUAUUUUCGAGUCCGCUUCAAAGUUGACUCGCAGAACGCCUUUCUUUGCGGAGGCCAUGGAGGAUCUCCGCCAAAUCUCCCGCCUCGCCGUCGAAUACAACAAACAGGAGCAGUAUCUGGAACUGCCCCAGGUUCAUGCCAUGAACUGCCUGAAAGAUGUUUUUACCAACACUAAGCUUGGCCCUUUCACAGAGCCUUUUAUUAUGCCGGCACUCACGCUCUCCGCUGAACGCCUUGGAUCGCCCAUCUGGGCUCUCCGCAAUUCUGGGUUGAUGCUUUUCCGCGCCCUAUUAACGAGGAUGUGUCGUAUGGUUCCUGGAGCUGUAGCUGGAUUCGGAGGUGCUUCCGGAUCAGAGCCCGGGUCAAAAAUUUCCUUCCCCAAGUACUCUGGUCUCUUUGAGCUGCUGGCAGCAUUGCUGGCAUCUUCAGAAGGCACGACUGCCCAAGAUGGCACAGACAUUGUCACUGAGCGUAUCUUUCCUGCCCUGGAAUUGAUUGGCGAAAAGGUCCCUUCCGUCGGCGAUGACUAUGACUCAAAGCUUCGCGAGCUUGUCCUUGUCCACUUCAAAAGCCCAGUCUGGGGUAUUCGCGAGCACGCUGCUCGUGUCUACGCAUCACUACUGACAAAAGAACAUAUUCUAAAGGAUGCGAAGUAUCUAGUGAAUCUGCUACAGGCAGACGCAUCGGAGAACUACAUCCAUGGCAUAGCUCUCUGUGUUCGUUACUCGCUCCGUCGCUUUGCCGCCUCAACGGAUGCAUUUUGGAUCAACCAACUUCCAAACCUUCUCGAGACCAUGCACUUGGUCCUAAGCAAAUUAUUCGCAGCCGCCAAAUCGCCUGCAGUGGCAACUUGCCUGGUUCAGACAUUGAACGACGCGCUGACUCGCAGUAUCGCCGCUCGGAGCGAGGGUCGUUUGGCUCAAUUUAUCAAGGAGGUUUACGAUACGCACGAGCUUCUCGGUGUCCUAGGCCACUGCUUCGAUGCUUCGCAACCGGGUUGGAACCUUGUCAGUCGUACUCGGGCGUCUGCCCUCCUGCGGAGAGCGCUUGCUUGGUGCACCUUUUUAAAGUUGCUUAUAUCUCAGUCUGGUGCUGACACUGCCAUUUUCUUCGCCGAUGUUUCAAAAUUCGACGCUGAUGUCAGCAGCUGGAUUUUGCAGCAGCUGCCUGAGCUGCUUGCUGGGACGCAUCAAUACAGGAAAACGUUGAUUGAUCUUUACUGCUCAGUCAUCAUAGGAGACCAUUCGACUGAUGCAAAGUCUCUUGCGUCGGCCAACCUGGCUACUAUUCUCGAAGAAAUUUUGGCAACAUCUGGCGAUGAUAUUGUUUCAUACGAUCUGCCCUAUACUUUGCUGAUGAAGAGUUUUAAGCCCGAUUCGGAUAUCCAGCAAUGGAACAGACAUUCAACGGACGCGGAACUUCGCUUGAUGGGAUGCCUUCUUGCGCUUCGAAUUUUAUCGAAUGAAGACGGCUCAAGCACUGACUUAAAGGGCGAGCUUCGCCAGUGGGUGAUCAAGCUGCGCUCCGCCCUUAGUGAGGAAACGGAAUUCACGACUCGGUAUGCUGCAGUGGCUUCUGUGCAAAGCUUCUCUCAAGCUCUUCGUCAACAUUCGCAACAGCCACGAACAGAUCCCUCCUUGCUUGAUAUUUAUCUUGUUCUUUAUGACAUGCUCAAUGAUGACGAUGAAGAACUGCGGGACAUCGCCGCAUCAGCCGCAUCAUGGGUACUUUCAUACUCUUCAAUAUCGCCAGACGCUGCUCUGGCUCUCGGUCCUCUGAAUGCCAGCGAACUAUUGUCGAAGUUCAUUACCGAACAUUACUCGGAUUCGGUUUACUUUGCCCGUCGCAUUCUUAAAUAUCUCACAGGCCAAGAAGCCCGGAUCAGUGGCUCCGAUGACCAAUCAAGCCUUUCCCCAGUCUCCGUCCUGAUGGCCCAAUAUUGCCAAGAAAGCACCGUGCUCUUUGUUGAAGAAAAGCAGAACCUCUUCAUCGAUGAAGUGCGUGAGGUGGACGUGUGGUGUCGGGUACUUCCACAGCUAAAGGCAAAUUCCUACCCGGAGACAUUGAUACGUCAGGUCUCAAGCUGGGUGUCGGAGGGUCUGGAGUACAUCAAUCAGAUUGUCAAGCAAGACCCCGAAGGCGAUGGGUUGUUGGGCUGGACAUCCAAGCCGGAAGUCUUUUCUUUGAGCUUCCGAGUCAUCAGUCUUGCUGCCGCGCUCUCGGGUAGACAAUUCAGCGUCCCCCAGGCGCUGGAUGUCGCUCCCGAAACUUUACAAGGUCAAUUAUGGAAAUUGCUAGAGGCUGGAAGGAAGGCAUCCCUUCACGAGUGCCUUUUAUCCAGGAUUGAAGUUGCCUGUGAGCUCUCGAGCUCGGCCGGGCAGCGGUAG